AUGGUGCCCACGGGAGACCUUCCCCCGCCGCCCCCGGGUUGGCGGAAGUACUGGGCGGUGCUCGUGACGUACGUGUCGUGCGCGUCGUUUCAUGCCUCCCGCGAGGCGUUCGUCGCGGUCAAGGGCGACUUUCAGCGUCGCCUGCACUUCCCGACCGAGCUGCUCGGGUACCUCGACACCACAUUCCUCGUGUGUUACGGCUUUGGACUCCUGUUCAGCGGAUCGAUCGGCGCGAGGUACGGGAACAAGACGAUGGCGAUCGUGGGGUUGGCGGGGACGGCGUUGGUGAUUGCCACGAUGGCGCUGCUGUCCAUGGGCUGGAUCACCGACCUGCCGACGGACAAGUCCGAGGCGUGGACCCAAGGCUUGCUCCUGUACGUCCCGCUGUGGGCGGUGAACGGGUUCAUCCAGUCGUUGGGCUUUCCGAACCUCGUCGCGGUGACGUCCGGGUGGGUGAACCCGGAGAAGCGCGGGUUGGUCCUCGGCAUGUGGAGCACCACCGGCGCGGCGGGCGACAUCAUCGGCCUGUCCGUCGCGACGCACGUGCUGGAGCGGAGCGGCGGCGUCGGGUCCCACGCGCAAAAGCCCGGCGAGACAACGGAGCAGUGGACCAACGUGUUCUGGGCCAUCGCGGUGUAUCUCGCGGCGGUUUCGCUGCUGCUGGCGUUCGGCGUCGAGGAUCGCGCGUGGAUCGGUCUGAACAAGAGUACGAACGGGGGUGACAAGGCACCCGGGACGGACGAGAACGCGCCGCUUCUGCCGGAUGCGAAGGAGGGCGCCAAGGGGAUGAAGACGCGUCCGCCGGCGAACAUCACCGGCGUCUUCUCGGGCCUGAAAGAGGCGUGGUCCGUCCCGGGCGUGCUGGACUGGUCCAUGUCCUACUUUUUCAUCAAGACGGUGACGUACACCAUCCUCUUUUGGAUGCCGUACUACCUCACGCUCACUCUCAGCAGCCAAGCAGCGGCGGACAACCUCACCGUCCUCUUCGACGUCGCGAUGAUCGUGGGGUGCACGCUGCUCGGAUACGUCACGGACGCCUUCGGGGGAACCAGGUCCCCGGGAUUCUUCGUGUCGUACAUAUUCGGCGCGUUACCCCUGCUGUUCCUUCCGGCGCUGCAGAGGUCGAUUCCUCACUACGCCGUCGCGUUUGGCAUCAUCGGCGUGUUCACCGGCGGACCAGCGCACAUGUACGGCACGGCGGUGAGCGUCGACCUCGGCGUGGCGGCGGCUGAGCUCGGUAAGCCCGGGCUCGUCUCGUCGCUCUCGGGGCUGAUCGACGGCAUAGGGACGCUGGGUGCGGCGGUGGGGCAGACGCUCGUGGCGAAGGUGGCGAGCGCGGGGGAGUCAAAGACGGUUAAGAAGAUCAAGAAGGUUCUUGACGACGCCGUCAAAGGUAAUGAGACCACAGUGGAGGACCUCGUGGAGGCGCACUCCAGGCCGAGGUUGACCGGCAACAUCACCGAGGACAUGGCGAGCGGCGCGACGGAUUACGUGUUACGGGAAUGGAGCGACGAUGAGGACGGUACGCUCGGCGUGGAGACGUCGGCGGCGAUGGCGGGCGGGCGGAAGAAGGGGCUCGCGCACGGCGUCAACGGAUUGAUCCGCGACCUCGCCAGGGGAUCAGACGCCGAGAUCGAGCUGGAUCGAGAGGAGCGGACCAACGCCAUGGCGUUCGGCACGAUGCCGUCGUUGGGCGACGAAUCGGAUUUGGGAAGGUACGUCAGCGAGGCGACGUUCGCGCCGGCGAUUUUCGAGGCUGCGAAAGUCGCCGUCGCCGACGAGGGGAGGAGGGAGAAGGCUCACGAGGUUCUGGCCAACGUGACCCGCAUGGUCGCGUCUUCCGAUCUGGUGGACGACGAUUUCCAGGAGCGAUGGUCGAGGGUGUUCCUCAUGCUCUUUUUCUUCAACGUGCUCGCCGCGGUGUGUCUGCUCCGCGUCGCGCACAGAGAGCUCACGCGCGCGGGGGUGAUUCCCAAGUGAUUUUGUUCGUUGCAAUCGAAGGUUACAACCGUUUACAACC